AUGACUGAAUCUCAAUCUCAGCCAGUAAUUGUGGUCGGCUCGGGGCUGGCAGGUCUCUCUGCCGCCUACGAGGCCCUCAAAGCCGGCGCCUCCGUGCGCAUGCUGGACCGCGCCCCCAAACCAGGUGGAAAUAGCAUCAAGGCCUCGUCCGGCAUCAACGGAGCAGGCACCGCCUUCCAGCGAGCGGCUGGCGUCGAGAAAGAUGACCUCUUCUAUGAUGACACGGUGCGUUCCGCGGGCCGCCGGUUUACGGACCCCAAGAGGAAAGACGACCUGGUCGACCGGGAGACGUUGGUAAAGAAGCUCACGGGCGAGUCCGCCUCGGCGGUCCAAUGGUUGGUAGACGAGUUCGAGAUUGACCUCAGUGUCGUCGCGACUCUGGGUGGCCACUCCGUUUCCAGGACGCAUCGGGGUGUAAAGGGAACACCGGGGUUUUCGAUUGUCAGCGCAAUCCUGAAGAAACUGGGAGAGAGUGAGAAGUUCCAGCUCACGAACGGCGCGGAAGUGCUCUCCCUCACUCGCAAUACCGAUUCAGCGGUGACGGGCGUCAGAUAUGCCCACGAGGGACAGACACAAGACCUCGAAGGGGCCGUAGUCUUCGCCGCAGGAGGCUUCGCUGGCGACGCAACAGGCCUCCUAGCGGAACAUCGUCCCGAUCUUGCCGGUCUGCCGUCUACGAACGACGACCGCCCCGCAUCCCACCAUAUCCUGGGAGAGAUCAACGCCGCCUUCGUGGAUAUGGACAGUGUUCAGAUUCACCCCACCGGGUUCGUGGAUCCCAAGGAGCCCGAAGCUCGAUACAAGUUCCUGGCCGCCGAGGCGCUCCGCGGGGAGGGCGGCAUCCUCCUCGACCACGAAGGCACGCGGUUUGUCGACGAACUCGGCACGCGAGCACAUGUGAGCGCGGCGAUCAUGGCGCUCGCUCGGCAGAUCAGCGAGACAAGUACUACCCAGUGGGACGUGACGCUCCUCCUCGACCCCGGCGCCUGUGAGGCUGCGAAGGGACAUUUGGGGUUCUAUACCUUCAAGGGGCUUAUGGAGAAGAAGAAGAUCAAGGACUUGGAUCCGGUCAUCAUUGAGACGGUGGAUAAAUAUGCCUCAGCCGUGGCCUCUGGCUCAGAUUCAGAAUAUGGCCGGAAGUCUUUUGGUCACUGGACGCUCAAACCUGGGGAGGAGAACCGCGAGCAGGAAGUGUGUGUGGGUAAAGUCACGCCAAUUACACAUUUCACGAUGGGUGGCGCAGCAUUCAACCAAGAUACACAGGUACUGAGGAAGGACAAGACACCAAUUGCGGGUCUGUGGGCAGCAGGCGAGAUCACUGGUGGUAUCCAUGGAGACAAUAGGUUAGGUGGCUCUUCUUUGCUUGAGUGUGUUGUGUACGGGAGAAUCGCUGGCUCACAUGCAGCGAAAGCGGCGUUACGUAAGUAA